AUGCCCUUCUCUUCCUACAUUAACCACGCAAGGCGUGGAACCUGGGUUCAAUCUGUGCUUCCAUCGUCUUCAAACCCCAAAUCCAAGCUUCAACCUAGAAAGGCACGCAGGCGAGCCGCUGUCAAAGAUUUCUUCCUUGCUAAUUUCUUCACGAUUGGCCUUAUUUCUUGCCUCCUUUUCUUUAUAUUCGUUCUCAUUCGAUCAAUAUUGGCUAACCGCGGGAACUAUUCCCAUUUGGCUGCUAGUGUCGACAUCACGACCAAAGACUUGUAUGAUAAGAUUGAAUUUCUGGAUGUGGAUGGUGGGGCUUGGAAGCAAGGUUGGAAAGUAUCCUAUACAGGGAACGAGUGGGAUUCCGAAAAAUUGAAGGUUUUCGUGGUACCCCAUUCCCACAAUGAUCCCGGUUGGAAGCUGACUGUGGAGGAGUACUAUGAACUGAAAUCUCGUCAUAUACUUGAUACCAUUGUGGAAACACUUUCAAAGGAUAAUCGUCGCAAGUUCAUUUGGGAAGAAAUGUCUUACUUAGAGAGAUGGUUUAGGGAUGCAGCCGAUGAAAUGAAGGAAGCAUUCAUCAAUUUAGUGAAAAAUGGACAAUUAGAAAUUGUUGGAGGUGGCUGGGUGAUGAACGAUGAGGCAAAUUCUCACUACUUUGCUAUAAUUGAACAGAUGACAGAAGGAAACUCAUGGUUGAAUGAAACCGUUGGGUUUGUUCCCAAAAAUUCCUGGGCCAUAGAUCCAUUUGGUUACUCAUCUACCAUGGCAUAUAUUCUACGACGUAUGGGUUUUGACAACAUGCUUAUCCAAAGGACCCAUUAUGAGCUGAAGAAGGAACUUGCAUGGCAUAAAAAUUUAGAAUAUACAUGGCGUCAAAGCUGGGAUGCUGAGGAAAGUACUGAUAUAUUUGUCCAUAUGAUGCCCUUUUAUUCAUAUGAUAUACCCCAUACAUGUGGUCCAGAGCCUGCUAUAUGCUGUCAGUUUGACUUUGCACGCACAAGGGGUUCUAUCUAUGAACUAUGUCCAUGGGGACAGUACCCUGUAGAGGUCACCCGGGAAAAUGUUCAGGAGAGGGCACUUAAAUUACUGGACCAAUACAGGAAGAAAUCUACUUUAUACCGAACAAAUACUCUUCUUGUUCCUCUUGGAGAUGAUUUUCGCUAUGUUAGCACUGACGAAGCUGAAGCCCAAUUUAGAAAUUAC